UGAAAGUAAACAAAAUUGUAAAAUAAAUAAAAAUAAAUUUGUAAAUUGUUUAAAACAAUUUGUUUUUGAUAUUUAAUUAAAACACAAAUCACACUAAUUUUAAAUUAGAAACUAAGAAUGUUUGUUAUGUUUUUUUAAAAAUUAUGUUUUCCAAUAAUUUGGGUAAUUUGGGUAGAAUUUAAGGAAUUAAUAUUGAAACUUCUUGAGUAAAGGCUUUUAGCAUGUCUUCAUUAAAUAAACCAUUGCCUUAAAAAAAGUGCUCUCAGGGCUGUUCAAUCGUUUAAAUAAAUAAGCUGGCCAGUAGUCUAAACGAUUCUGAUACAAGCCAAUAGCGUAAUCAAAACGAUUUCAGUCAGCAAAUGCGAUGGAAUCUUAUUCUCUUGAGACAAUGACGAAUUCUAAAACGGAAGACAAUAACCACAUUAAUAAUUUCUGUGAAGAAGACCAACAAGAGUUGGUCGAUUCAAAAGAACAUUUCAGAGAUCUAUUUCAAAACCAACAACUUAGCCUUAACUCCACCUGUAAAGAUGGCACUGCAGAACAUCCAUGUGACCAUAACGAGCAAUUGAAUGAUCUCGAUAUCAAAAUAACCAAAUGCAUCGAACAAAAUAACCAAACCCAUUUGAAACUCGAAGGUUUGAGAAAAACUGUGGAUAUACUUCUCCAUAGAAUGGGAUUAAAUGAAGAAAAACCAUUUGACCAUCCAACUGAAGCUAAUGAUGUUGAUGAUGGUCGUCAAGGAAAUGAGUUUAAAAUGUCCUCCAAAUUGGACAAAGUCGAUGGGAACAUUUCAAAAUGCAUUUUAUCAAAUGAAUUGACUCAUUUGAAAAUAGAUAAUUUACAAAAAUCAUUAGAUUUGAUUUUGAAUAACAUCGAAAAUUAUUUACUAAAUUCUGAAGCAUCAGCAGCGGUAGUGGAGACUUUUGCUGAAAAUGAAAAUUAUGUUGGUUUUCGUUUUCCUAUUUCCACUGUAAAUGAGCUUAAUCGACUCGAUGAGGAACUACAACAGAAUGAUGACCUGAUAGCAAAGCUGAUUAAUAAAUUUACCAAAAUCGCUGGCGAUUCAGGCAACAAAUCUGCCAGAAAAGUUGGUGUCAAAAUUAUCGAGAGAAUAAUAUCAGCGAGAUUGUUAACGAAGUUCACGUGGACAGGUCGAACAAAUGGAACCAAUAAUACGAAACUACCCUUUAUAACAUAUUCCUCAAUUUUCCAUCUCUGUCUUCAAGUUAUAUCGAAAGCAGAUCGAUCGUUCGACACAAAAGCGUGUGAAAACUUUUUAAAAAACAACGUUCUAAAACAUAGUUCUAUGAGACUUUCACGAAAAUUUAACAAAAAAAAGAAGCCCAAGGAAGACAAAAAUUGGUGUUCUUCUUCCAAGUCGGAGAUGCAAACGCCAUCAAAAAGGAAAAAUAUCGUCAAACAAAAGUCAGAUACAGAUUUUCUUCCUCUUCAGGAAGAAAUUAUUGAUUCCAAGGAAAAUAUAAGACAUUUACUUGAAGCACAAAAAGAAGAACCGAACAAUAGUCCAGAAUUGGAAGAAAAUUCAUUCCCGAAAAAAUGCGACCAUGAAGACAAACUCAACAUUUUGGGCACAAAAAUCUCAUAUUGCAUUGAUUCCAAUACAAAGUUUCAUUCAAAAAUCGAUAAUAUGCAAGAAACUUUGAAUGCAAUUCUUAAUAAAAUUUCCAAACAUAAUGGUUGCGAUUUAACUCAUAUUCCUGUUCCUGCUCCAUCUUCUUUUCUGCCCUCUGACAUAACUAAUGAUGAUUUGGAAUCAUUUUAUUUUCCUAUUACAACAGUUUCCGGUUUGCAGAAUCUCAACAAAAGACUUUCAAUGAGUGAAAGUUUUGAAGAGAAAAUGAUUCGAAAGUUUAUGUCAGUUGUGGGACACACCAGUCAUGUUUCUACACAAAGAUUUGGACUUGAAGUUGUUGAAAGUGUUAUCUCACCUCAGUUGCUUAUGAAGUACUCGUGGACUGGACGUUCAAAAGGAAUAAAGCCAAAAUUGGCUUUUAUGAAAUACAAAUGUAUAGUUAGCUUUUUUCAAAAAAUUAUUGCAAAAAUUGAUAAACACUUUACACCUAAGGAAUGUAAAGAUUUUCUAAGAUUAAGUGUUUUUAAGUAUGUUAAUAUAAGAGUUGCUAGAACAAGACGAAAAAUCAAAGUACCUUUAAUUGAAUACUAUUCUGACCAAGACAAUAAUCAAGAAUUGAGUACGAUGACGACAUCAAAUGGUAUACUAAAAGGUCCAGAUGAAGAUUAAUCAUAGGAAUAUGAACAUCGUUCUGCUGUUGAAUUGGCUGAAGCUAAUUUAGCGUCGUAACAUAUGUAAAAAAACUAUCUGAAACAUAUAAAAGUGAAAUAAAUAUUUUA